AUGACGAUGACGACGCAAAAUGAUCAUCUCGACGUGGAUUUUUCAGAAGCGGUGCGAAUGGCAUCUCUAAAGUAUUCGUCAACGAACUGGCAAUCGGAUUCAGAGAAUUACGCAAAGUUCUCGCCGGUCAAUCUCGUCUUCCCUGGCACGCACGAUAGCGGCUCGUAUUACUUAACCUCGAAAUUCCAACCGGAUUCUGGCGGAAGAGGCGUACCGGAAUGGCUACAAAGUAUAUCGAAAAUCAUCAAAACAGUUGGGAUUCCGAUCGACGAGCUCGUCGCUCGAUGGGCGAAAACGCAGAAACAGACGAUAUUCGAACAACUGAGAACGGGGGCGAGGUAUUUGGAUUUACGAUGCGGGUGGCAACCGGAUACGAAAACGUGGAAAAUACACCACUCGUUAGUCGGGGUGGACGUGGUGACCGUUUUAGAAGAUAUCAAGAGUUUCGUGAACGCGUUUAAGACGGAGGUGGUGAUUGUGGAGAUGUCGCACUUUUACGGCGACCCGGACGAAGACGCCGUGGAGCAGUUGGCGAGUGAAGUUUUAGGCGCUUUAGGGGAACUCGUCGUGCCGUAUUACCCUUUAGAGGAGGAAAACUUUUGGACGCGACCGUUGGAAGAGUCGGUGAAGAAAAACCAGCGCGUGUUAAUCGCGUUUGAGAACUUUAACGCGUACAACACGACGGAAAAACAUUCGCCCUUUUUAUGGCCGUGGGUGUUGGAAAACGGCUACGCGGAUACCGACGACGUCGCGAAGAUGAAAGAGUACAACUACGACGUCGUUCGCACGUUUAACAAUCAAACGGAGAAAGACGAAUUGCGUUUAACGAAACUGUCUUGGAUUCUCACCGCCAAGGCGAAAACGGUUGAAAACUCCAUCUGGCCGCUGAUUAAAAAUCACCAUCCGAAAACAAUCGUCGAUUUGACGUUGAAAUACGCCGAUCGAUUCGUGUUUGAAGAGUUCGUCGACCUCGUGAGUAAAGACUUGAACUGCCGUUUUCCUCAGGUGUUUUCCCUGGACGCCUGGUUCGCCGAUAGUAGUUUUAGAAGUAGAAGCAGCAGUAAAAGCAAUAACAGUAAAAGCAAUAACGGAAGAACAAACAGAGACGACGAUGAAGUAGGAGAAAAAGAAGGCGAAAACAUAAAAGGCGCUCUGUGGAAGCUCGCGAAAGAGGUCAGCGCGAGACAAAACUCGCCCGCCUUCGCCAAGGAGAAAUGCAAAGCGAACGCAUUCGCCGACGACGGCCCGAAGAGACUUUACUCGCAACAAUAA